AUGACGCUAACUCCUAUUCAAGAACAUGUAAUCGAACUCGUCUCCCCCAUAAAAUUCCACCAAAGCUUCAUAUUACCAGCGACAGAUACACAUGGAGCACUAAAAGUUAGUUAUGCGGUUUCUGGUAUACCGGUAGGAGAAGAUGCACCGACGAUUGUGUUUUGUGGGGGUAUGUUUGGGAGUCGGUGGAUGGCGGUCUUUAAUGAUUUUCUGGCCACCAAGGUUGGUGUGAGAGUGCUCUAUAUUGAUAGACCUGGAUUUGGCAGCUCCACUCCCGUCCCUUUGAAUCAACGCAUCUCCACGUUCCUGGAAACCAUCCCCGCCCUCCUCCGCCAUCUAAACAUCGCCCACAUCUCUCUCGCAAGCCACAGCUCCGGCACGAUCUUCGCGCUGAACCUCCUUGCCGCACACCCAGACCUUCUCUCCCCCUCCAACCCCAGCCUCACCCUCUUCGCACCCUGGGUCCACCAAUCCCUCACCGGUAAUACAUCUCUCACCGUAGCCGCUAUCCUACCGAACAAUCUUCUCAACCACUGGAAUGCGCUCACGGGGUUUAUGAUCAACACGGCGGUGCCCACUGUCGGCGCGAGUAUUGGUGUGAGCAGCGGUGCGAUCUCAUCUUUAACAGGACUAUUCAAGGAUAAUUCCGUCCCGAAACAGAAAGUCACAGAUGCUAAUAACAGGUGUUUGGAGCUUUGUGGUAUAGACUACAAGGCGACGCAAGAGCUUUCUAAUUUUGCCAUGAAGUGCGCUUUUGCAGAAGAGACCAAGGGGGCGAAUGACGAGGCGCGGCUCUGCUUGAAGAGCGUACCUGGAGAAUGUUCGUGGGAGGCUGCGGAAAGCUAUCCGGAGCUUGUGCGGAACCUGAAAGUCGCCUGGGAACAGAGAGUCGAGGAGGGAAAGGCACCGUUAAGCUUACGACUGGUGUAUGCAGAGGACGAUGUGAUGAUUGGGGAGAAGGGGAGGCUGUAUUUCGAGGGAUGUUGGGCGGAAGGGAAGGGUGGGCGGGGUAUCGAGGUGUGGAGUACGAAGGCGAUGGGGACGAAUCAUGAUACUUUGGUAGAUUGCACGAAGGAGUGGCUUAGGGAAAUGAUGGAGUCCGCGAAGUUUAGUGAGCCUGCCCUGCUUCCCCGUCUCGAAUCCAUACUAACCGCUCCAGCAAAUCUUCAUCCUCCGAUAAAGCAAGAAGAGAGCACACGCGAGAACAGCCCAUCUCAAAAAACCCCCUACUCCCAGAAACUCAGCAUCGUCGAUUUAGAAUCGAAACGCUAUCGAGGAUUAUGGAUGGACGAACGGCGCGACGUCCACUAUAUCGAAAAGCGCCUGCACGAAAUCGGACGGAGGCUCAAUAAGAUACCAGAAGCAAAUUCAUCCAUCUCGAAAAGCACCGAACCAUUCGAACAGCUGUCAAAAAUCUCCUUCCCCUCUACAAUAGCUACAAAGAUUGGUUCGGGGGGUGGACCUACAACUGAGGAGAAUAUCAGAGCUGUGUAUAGAUAUGUCCUUGACAUACACAUCCCGACCUAUUGCGAGAAACCAAAAAAGCUAGUCAGUAUCUCUCCCCUCUCCAUCGGCCUCAGAGUGCCAUUCAGAGACACGGGAGUCCUCGGCGUCGAUGAGCCCCUUGCAGUCCUUGCCAGGAUAGCAGACAGCGGAGAACACAACCCCGACAAAACCCACCUAUGUCUCUUCAAGGAAGCUUGGGACCAGACAUCCAUUGUGUAUAUGGUAGAGCGGGAGAUGGGGUCCGACGGCCCACUCAUUGACAUCGAGGCGAAGUGGCGGAGAGAAGCAGGCGAGGAGCCGUGGAAGGAACAGGUGGAUUGGAACGUCACAUACGAUAAAGGGUGUACAUGGAAAGAGUGGUGCGAGCAAUUUUCCGGGCCUGAGAUACAAGAUCGUGGGAUUUUGCUGCUGCUUAUGCUUGUUUUAAUACCUAAUUUCCAGGGGAUGUCGGAGCAGAUGUUGGGACUGCGCGGUGGAGAUCUGGACGCGUUCCAGGUUCGGUGGAUUGCGAAGUAUGUUGAGCGGGAAGUGCCAGCGUUGAUGGAGUUGGUACAGAUGUUGAAUCCGUGGGCAAUUGAGAUGUUUCAGAGGGGGUAUAUGAGCUCUGCUGAUCAGAGAGUGUUUAAUAUGGCAUUGGAUAGAUUUAUGGAAGAGCAGUGA